ACUGGUCACAGGAUCAUUCGUUCUUAUAUUCACGUGAUAUGUUCUGGAUUCCCGCCACAGAUGCAGACAAACCAACCAAACAUCUCCCCCUCUUUUAAGAUGUGGUGUUGAAAGAAAGAGGCAAUGAUGCCAUUCGGUCAUUGAAAUCUCACAAAACAAUGGCGAAAAGUCGAUACCCGGUUGCUGACCAAUGCAGUCGGCUCUGUUAGCCUCAAUGAAAAUCCCCAGGAGAGUCUCUCCAUCUAUAAAUAUCAAUGAUCAAUAAUACCUCACUAUGAGAUCUACGCUCUUCUUUCGUACUAUCAAACAAUGACGUCCCUCCUAACUGGUACCUUUCCCUGGCAUCAUGGCGAACUUCAGAUGCGCAGCAAGCUGCGCAUUCCACCCCAUGUCAAUGCUAUCAACCCCACUGUGCCCUCCCUUAGUUACGGAGCGACUUAUUUACUCUUAAACUCCCCUUUGCUCGCGAUUGGCGCCGUUGAUCGAGAGGGAAGGCCGUGGUCAACACUCUGGGGUGGUGAAGUAGGCUUUGCUACCCCAUGUUCUCAAUCCAGAGUCGAGAUUAGGACCCCUGUGGAUAGCAAAUAUGAUCCUCUAGCGGAUAUACUACUACACGAUGGCCCAGAAGAGCCCGGGCAGUUGGUCUCCGGCUUAGUUGUCGAUCUAGCGAAUCGCAGAAGAGCAAAGCUCUUCGGCAGGAAAAUCGCUGGAUCGAUUGAACCUGGUCCGGAGAACCGAAAUGACUCCGACGGAGCAGGGUUUGCCCACUUGCUGGUGCACAUCGAAGCAAGCCUUGGCAACUGUCCCAAAUAUUUGAAUACAAGAGACAUCGUCCCCACUCUGCCUUCUCCAAGAAUGAUCUCCGACUCCCCUCAACUCCCUCCUGAAGCGUUGAAGUUCCUUAACCGUGCAGACACGCUUUUCAUAUCCUCACGUCAUGGGGAUGUGGAUAUGGAUACCAACAUCCGUGGCGGGCCUCCAGGCUUUGUUCGUGUUAUAUCUAACGAGCCCAGCGGGGCUGUAUUCGCGUAUCCGGAAUAUUCCGGCAAUCGUUUAUAUCAAACCCUGGGUAACCUUCAAACAACUCCUCUAGCAGGGUAUGUCUUUCCGGAUUUUGAAACAGGUAAUGCACUUUACCUCACCGGACAAACCGAGGUCCUCAUAGGUAAGGAGGCCGCUGCUCUCCUUCCGCGAUCCAAUCUGGUCGUGAAAGUGACCGUCACCACGGCUCGAUACGUAGAGAAAUCCCUAGCAUUCCGAGGUAUUGCAGGACCGCGAUCUCCAUACAACCCAAGCGUACGAUACUUGGCUACAGAAAAGGCUAGCCCUGCUGCUAUAGGUGAAGGGAAAUCAUCUGCUACAGCCACGUUGAUAAAGAAGGAAUUGCUUACUCCAACAAUUUGCCGGUUUCGUUUCCAAAUAUACGACCCAUCAAAGAUUGGGACAUGGUUGCCUGGACAAUAUGCUACUCUUUCCUUCCAGGAUGAGUUAGACAUGGGUUAUAGCCACAUGAGGGAUGACGACCCAUUGAGUAUUAACGAUGACUAUAUCCGGACUUUUACAAUUUCAUCAUACCCAGUCCAAAAUCAUUCCACGGAGUUUGAGAUAACCGCUCGCCGACACGGCAGUGUGACGGAUUACCUUUGGGGGAUCAACGAGCGAGCCGGCUUAGAGGUUCCCUUGAAAGGCUUCGGUGGCGACUUUCAUUUGAAGACACCAGGCGGACACGACAAACUCCCAUUCAUAGCAGGAGGGAUCGGAAUUACGCCGCUCCUUGCGCAGCUUCCGGACAUCCAUGUUAGUGACUUGCAAUUACUGUGGUCCGUCUCUAUUCGAGAUCUCGGCCUGGUUUUGGACACGUUCAAGAGGUUUCCUCAGAUACCCCAAUCUACGAGCCUUUUUAUUACUGGACCUGAGCCGCAGAACGAGGAAACUGCCCAACAGUUAGUGGCUGUCACUUCAUCUGGAACGCAAGUCGAACGUCGCCGAAUGGAAGCUAGCGAUCUGGAUCUAUCAUUGGCGGACGUGUGGUACUUCUGUGGCGGCUCUUCUUUAAAGAGUUCGGUACUGAACUGGCUUACUGGGAAGAACGUAGUGUAUGAAGACUUCAGCUAUUAAAUUCCAUAUAAGGAAGUUGUGGAGCCUUUCGCAUCUCAUAUCUAUCUACCAUGAAUGCAUGCUUAAACAGAAAUAUAGUAUAUUUCCACAAUCUACC